GCGCCGCCCCCUUCCCCUGGCACCGAACCACUGAAGGCUUGCGCACGGGGCUCCCUCCCCAGCUCAGUCUCCUCCCCACGCGCCCCCUCUCCGCCGUGCUGGCCAGCGCCGGGCUGCGUCCCCGGCUCUGCCCCCCGCCCAAGCCCGAGCCCAGCCGCCUCGCCGCUGCAGGCUCCGGGGAGCUGCUCCCGCCGCGCUCCCGCCUGGCUCCGUGCUCCUGGCGCGCUCGGCCCCGACUCCCCGCGCGCGGACCAUGGAGUAAGUAGGCGGGUGGCCCCGCGACGCGCUCCUGCAGCCGGCGAGGCCGGAGCCAGCCCGGGUGGCCUCUCCAAGCCGGCUGAGUUGGCCAGCGGCGGGCCCUCCUCCCGCCGGUCCUUCCCCGCUCCUCCUCCUCGGCCGCCGCCGCCCCCGCCUCCCGGCCGCCCCCGCCGCCCCCGCCGCGCCGCCGCCCGAGGCCGAGCGCGGACGCCGAGCGUGGGAGCCAUGGCGCGCGAGGAGGAGAGGGACCCUGAGCGCCGGGACGCGGCGGCGCGGGUCAGCGGCGAGGAGGAGGAGGAGCAGGGAGCCGAGGGGCUGAGCGACAGCGACGACGAGGACGAAGACGCGGAGCCCCGCAGCCGCGAGGAAGAGGAAGAGAAGGCGGCGGCGGCGGCGGCGGCCGGGCGGGAGCGCAGCGAGGACGCGCCGCUGCAGCGCGCAGGGCUGCCUACCACAGCCGUCCCCGCCGCGGCCGCUCGCGACAGGAGCUGCCGCCGCCCGCCGGGGCCCCCGCCGGGGCCGCUGCCCUGCCUCCCGAGGAUGCCGUCGCCCGACGACGAGGACCGCGAGCGACGCCGGAGCCGCCGGAGGGACCUCCUGCUGAGCCAGCUCUGCUUUCUGGCCUUGGUGGCGCUGCUGCUCUGGUCGCUGGCGAGCAUGCAAGAGCAUAAUGAUCUUGACUUCAUGGACCUCAUAGGGGAAGACAGACAGUGGACCGUGGGGAGGAAGUUAAUGCAGGUGAACGACACUCUGACUUCGGAAGCGGGACUCCGGAGCAGCAAGAACUGCACCGAGCCGGCCCUGCACGAGUUCCCCAAUGACAUCUUCACCAACGAGGACAGAAGACAGGGAGCGGUGGUCCUCCAUGUGCUCUGUGCCAUGUACAUGUUCUACGCACUGGCCAUUGUGUGUGAUGACUUCUUCGUCCCCUCCUUGGAAAAGAUCUGUGAGCGCCUGCACCUCAGUGAAGAUGUGGCUGGGGCCACAUUCAUGGCAGCAGGCAGUUCGGCCCCAGAGCUGUUCACGUCGGUCAUAGGGGUCUUCAUCACCAAGGGCGACGUGGGAGUUGGAACCAUUGUGGGCUCUGCGGUGUUCAAUAUCCUGUGCAUCAUCGGUGUCUGUGGGCUCUUUGCCGGGCAGGUUGUGGCUCUUUCCUCCUGGUGUCUGCUGAGGGACUCGAUUUACUACACGCUGUCUGUGGUCGCGCUCAUUGUGUUCAUUUAUGAUGAACAGGUUUCCUGGUGGGAGUCUUUAGUCCUUGUCCUGAUGUAUCUUAUCUACAUUGUUAUCAUGAAAUAUAACGCCUGCAUACAUCACUGCUUCGAAAGGAGGACAAAAGGUGCAGGAAAUAUGGUCAACGGCUUGGCCAGCAACGCUGAAAUUGACGACAGCAGCAACUGCGAUGCAACCGUGGUGCUGCUCACAAAAGCCAGUGUCCACCGCAAAGCAUCAGUGAUCAUGGUAGAUGAGCUGCUGUCAGCCUGCCCGCACCAGCUUUCCUUCUCCGAGGCUGGCCUUCGAAUCAUGAUCACCAGCCAUUUCCCCCCCAAGACCCGACUCUCCAUGGCCAGUCGCAUGUUGAUCAAUGAGAGGCAAAGACUGAUAAACAGCAGGGCUUACACUAAUGGAGAAUCCGAGGUCGCCAUCAAAAUUCCAAUUAAGCACACCAUGGAGAACGGGACAGGACCCAGCAACGCCCCAGACAGAGGCGUGAACGGGUCUCGGAGGGACAAUGUUGUUGCUGAGGCUGACAACGAGACAGAGAAUGAGAAUGAGGACAAUGAGAACAACGAGAAUGAUGAGGAGGAAGAGGAGGAGGAGGAGGAGGAGGAUGAAGGACCUUACACGCCGUUCGACCCCCCCUCUGGCAAACUGGAAACAGUGAAAUGGGCGUUCACCUGGCCACUGAGUUUUGUCUUAUAUUUCACUGUACCCAACUGCAAUAAGCCCCGCUGGGAGAAAUGGUUUAUGGUGACAUUCGCGUCCUCUACGUUAUGGAUUGCGGCCUUCUCCUACAUGAUGGUGUGGAUGGUCACGAUCAUUGGCUACACACUGGGGAUCCCUGACGUCAUUAUGGGGAUCACCUUCCUGGCAGCCGGAACCAGCGUGCCAGACUGCAUGGCCAGCCUCAUCGUGGCCAGACAAGGCAUGGGGGACAUGGCCGUGUCCAACUCCAUCGGGAGCAAUGUGUUCGACAUCCUCAUUGGCCUCGGUCUUCCCUGGGCCCUGCAGACCCUGGCUGUGGAUUAUGGCUCCUAUAUACGGCUAAACAGCAGAGGACUGAUCUACUCUGUGGGCUUACUUUUGGCCUCCGUCUUUGUCACGGUGUUCGGCGUCCACCUGAACAAGUGGCAGCUGGACAAGAAGCUCGGGUGUGGGUGCCUUUUCCUGUACGGCGUGUUCCUGUGCUUCUCCAUCAUGACGGAGUUCAACGUGUUCACCUUCGUGAACUUGCCCAUGUGUGGGGACCACUGAUCCUCCGGGUUGCCCACUGGGGCUUGGUCCUUCUUUCUGUGCAAUACAAGACCCGGCCUCCUGGGGCCGGGCGUCUCGUCCAUCUGUCCCGCUGUUCACAGGCCUCCACUCCUGCCUCGGUGGCCCAGGCUCGCCCCCACCCCUCCCUCGAACCCCAUCCUCCUUGAUCCCCGUCCUGCCUCAUCCAUGUGAAGACUCCCAUCAUCUACGUGAAUUUUCAAUCUCCAUUUUUGAACAGUGACUGAGAUUCUAGAAAAACUGGCUGCUACUGGCCCAAGCCAGGCAAAACUUAGUAUAAUCCUGCCUCCUUUUUUAAGUUAUUGGAAGGAAGACUAACCUAAUUUAUGACCUGAGACUGAUGAAGGAAUAGAGAAGAGAAGGUACAUUGAUUACAAGGAGUGUUUGGGAUUUUGUUCUGUUUUGAGGUGAUUCUUGGUUGCUGGAUUUGGGGGGCUGUUUUGCUUUGAGGGGCUCCCCCUUUUCUUCCUUUUCUUUCAGAGAUUGAGAACCUCUCUUGCAUUUUCUUUCCCUGGGUUCGGGAUUAGUCGAUGAUCCACAGGUUGUCCCUGCUGUGUCCCCUGGGAUGGAAUCCCAGGCCUGUUGGGAUAUGCAUGGCUUUAGUGCCCAAUAGAGGAACAGCUGGGCAGGGGCCCCAGGAACAGAUGCAUGGCAUUUCCCAGCUGGGGAUGCCUGCCUAAAGUCCUGCAGGUGUUCCCUUGGGGGCAUGGAGUUUUCAAGGAAGAAGCCAGCUUCCCAUAUAUCCAUUAUGACCAUCGCUUUCUCACUAGACUCUUUCUAGUCUCUCGAGCAAUAGUUCUAGCCUGCCUGGGCUCUCUGAUGAGGGGCCCUGGUUUAAUUAUCCAUCCCCAAGGUGCCAGACAGUCAGUGACAGAAGCUCCCAACCUGUGGGUCCCUGAUAUGCCCUCUUGUUGCUUGGUAUUUGAGGUGACAGGGAGUGACCCAGAGCCACCACUGCUUUUUGUGCAGGAGUUACAGACACUGGUUUUUGGAAAAUGGAGAGAAGCACACUUUGCACAGACAUCGUCAAUAAAGUCCCAAUUUGCCACUCGGUACUGAGUACACUGGACCCUGACAGCUGGCUCUUGGGCCCGCGUCCUUUCUUACAGGACGCCACCACCAAGCUGCCCCAGCUCUAGCCCUCCUCUCCUGGAGGGAUGGCAAGGGAAGGAGAAAACAGAGCUGACACCUUUGAAACCGCAGAAUGUGUUCAAUGCAGACUCACUCAAGGGCAUAAGUUAUUGUGAACAUUGUUACCAAUCACUGCUCAACAGCUCUGCUAGAUUUUGUAUGAUGCUGAAUUAUUAUGCAGACUAAUUCCACCGAGUUGAGACCUGCCCAUGCUUGUUACACUUGUAUUUAUUGAGACUGUGGAUUCUUGCCCGUGCUGCCCCUUGUAUUUACUUUAAGCACUGAUCACUUACUCAUUCGGUAUGGUUUUCCCCAUCCCCUGUACACAUUCUGGUAUGAAUUGUAAAAAUAACCUGCUACAAGUUGGUUGAAUGUUUCUGUCGAUGGUGGGAAUCGAGGCCAGCCAACACUAGCCCGUGGGGCACCUGCCCUGCCCAACGGAAGAACAGGAGAGGAAAUCACCAAUUUGGGCUCUCAGAGCUAAGACACGCUUGUUGAUUCUGUUGCACAUUUUGCACUGGUUUAUGGCAAUUGUUUUCUUGGACAGAUAGUGUAAAAUAAACUUCUCUGUUCUGUA